GGCUGCGACCCAUGAUGAGCGGACAGACUUAUGAGAAGAAGAUAGCGAGCAUUUUGACCGAUCUCCCCGGAUCUAUGAGUUGCCAUCCGAGCUCCAAGGACUCUCCGACUCUUCCCGAGUCCUCAGUCACGGACAUGGGCUACUACAGUGGACAAACGGCUCACAGCCAUCACGAAUAUUACCAGAGUCAAACCUACGGGCAACAAAUGAAUGCAUACCAUCACCAAUUUAAUCUGAAUGGAAUGGGUGGUGCGGGAGUUUAUCCCACCAAGUCUGAAUACCCUUACACAAAUUCCUACAGACAAUAUGGAAAUUACAACAGAGAUCAUCUGCAGGCUUCACCUCAAAGCUCAGGUAAAUACUUAAACAUAUUUGAAUUAUUUCUGUGUUACAUUUUGUCUCAUUUCGAAGUUUACGCUCUGAAUGUUUGCCUGUUUCCGUGUAUGCGUAAAGAGAGAGAGGAAGAGAGAGAGACGAAUAGGCUACAUGCAUACUAUGAAAAAAACAUUAGGGUAGUCUCUUGGGUAGUUUUAUAUUAUAUAGGCCUGCUCAAUUGAGAAAUAUUUUCAUUGGUGUAACCUAUAUUGGUUGACUAUUACAGCUGAAAUAAAUAGAAGGAGAUAGCAAAAACAUUGUAAGGGUGAAAAGUAAUAUUUGUGUUUCAGACAUAUAAUUCAUUUCAAUUGUUAAAUUAAUAUUUUGUAAAGGUGGGAUUUAUUACAAGUUCCUAGUAAAACUACAAUACUGAAGUUGGAACCAUGCUGCUAAUUGAUGGCCUUUUGAUGAAGAAUAGACAGCUAUUGACAGCUAGUCAUAAAACGAUUAUGGUUAGUAAUUGCACUGAUAGCAACUGUCUGCGAAUCACUGGGCAGAUAUUUAGGGUUAUUAUACAAAACAUUACAUUUACAUUUUAGUCAUUUAGCAGACGCUCUUAUCCAGAGCGACUUACUGUUAGUUAGUGCAUAUAUAUUGAGGUUAUUAUUGCAGGUUGAGCAUGAUCAUUACUUUUUCCAUAUAUUUUUGCAUUGCACCACUCAUGAAAAUAUUGCUAUUGCCACUUCAGCUAGCCUAUAACAAUGUAAUAAAGAUUAUAAUAAUAUAUUAAUUAACACAAUAAUAACAUGACGUUUAUCAUGAUGAUGACUUAUUAUCAUUAUUAUUAUUACAUUGUUUUGACAUUGUUAAAUGUUUUUCAUAACUGAUACUGAGAACUAAUGAAACAAUUGUUGGUUCUUUCUUUAUAGUGAAAGAAGAACCCGAGCCUGAAGUUCGUAUGGUGAAUGGAAAACCAAAGAAAAUCCGCAAGCCGAGAACAAUUUACUCCAGCUACCAACUAGCAGCGUUGCAGAGACGUUUUCAGAAAGCGCAGUACCUCGCCCUCCCCGAGAGAGCCGAACUUGCUGCUCAAAUGGGACUGACGCAGACACAGGUAAAUAUCCAGACGAUUACACACAUUUUAAGUGCAGUCACUCUUAAUUCAUAAUAACUUGCUUUGACUUCCGUAGGUGGUCCUCAAAUAGUGAAAUGUCUCAUAUCUGGCAUACCUCGCCAAAUUAAUAAUAGGAAGCCGAUAUGCUGUUUUUCAUUGACAAAUGUUUGUAUUGUCAAAAAGCAUUGCUUAUUAUAUUGCAUUUGAAUAUUGGCCACAUUUGUUCACACAAAAAUGUUGUUGAUGUGUGUUCUUGGGCCAGAUGUCCUUAUAAUGUAGGCCUAUAAGCCUCAACUUUAUAUUUAGGCCUAGGCCUACUGAUGUAGGCCACCAUGAUUAUUUGACUAUUUUAAAUGCAGAUGUUUCGUUGAAAAUAAUAUUUUCCUCUUUUGACAUGAAAUUUUGACUAACAACGUUAAUCUUUUCCCUAACAGGUCAAGAUUUGGUUCCAAAACCGGAGGUCCAAAUUCAAGAAGCUCUACAAAAACGGCGAGGUUCCCCUUGACCACAGCCCAAACGCCAGCGACUCCAUGGCGUGCAACUCCCCGCCAUCACCGACGGUCUGGGACAAUAACUCUCUCACUACCCCGGCCAGCAGGCCCCAAAUCCCGCAGCCACCCCUCAGCUCGUCGCCCCCCUACCUGGAGGAUUAUAACAACCACUGGUACCAACAGGGAUCGCAUCUACAACACCCGGGCGCAGUGCAUCACCCAGUAGUACCACAGCAAAGCGUUGGGGCUGCUUAU